AUGGACCCCCCAUACACCCUCUACUACGCCCCCGGGACCGCCAGCUUGGCCGUGCACUGGCUGCUCAUCGAAUCCAACAUCCCCUUCUCCGCCAUCCCCGUCGACCUCGCGUCCGGCGCCCAACACACCGCGGCCUACCGCCAACUGAACCCGACCGGCCGGGUGCCCACCCUCGUGAUCAACGCCAGCGGAGAAGCCCGCAGCGAGUCCAGCGCCCUCCUGAUGCUGCUGGCCGAACGCCACCCCGACCGGGCUCUAAUGCCGGCGGUAGAUAGCCCCGACCGCGCCCUGUGGCUCGAAACCAUGAUCUACCUGGCCAACACCCUCCUCCCGGCCAUGCGCGACUGGUUCUACGCGGCCACCGACGGAUCGGCGGACGGGGCAGCGGCGGUGCGCGAUCUGGCCAGACGACGGAUCGAGGGCGCGUGGGAUCGGCUGGAUGGGCAGGUGCAAGGGGGUGGUUAUCUGGUCGGGACGAGCCUCUCAACGGCGGAUUUCCUGGCCGUGAUGUUGAUGCGCUGGGCGCGCGACAUGCCCAGGCCGGCCACCAGUUGGCCCUCGCUGGGCCCCUAUGCGCGGCAAUUAACCGAAUUGCCCUCCUUUCGGGAGGUCUGUCGACGCGAGGGACUAGCAGGUUGGCCACCAGUAUCACCAAUUACCACUGCCUGA